AUGAAGGCAUUCACUGCUACCGCUCUGGCGCUUGUCGCACCCGCGACUGCACUACUGCGCUUCCCAUGCGCUCAGCUAGUCAUCGACAGGUUGGAUCCGCUGGUCACACCUGGCCAGGCUCCAUCUCCUCACUUACAUCAAAUUCUGGGGGGUAACUCUUUCAAUGUUACCAUGGACCCGGAAAAGGACAUGCCAGGGGAGUCGACAUGUACAUCUUGUCAGUUCAGCGAGGACUUUUCCAACUACUGGACAGCCGUGCUAUACUUCAAAGCCCGAAACGGCACAUACAAGCGCGUCCCUCAAAUCCCCAACUCAGGCUUCAACGGCGUCAACGGAGGCAUGACAGUGUAUUACAUGCAAGAUGGGCUUUAUAACUUCCAGCAAACCUCCAAAGUCCAGGCCUUCAAGCCCGGCUUCCGCAUGUUCAUUGGUGACGUGAAUGCCCGUACCAAGGAAGAAGCCGAGCGCUUCCGCCAAUUGACAUUCACUUGUCUAGACAAUAUCAACACGCGUGAUCCGCAGACUCUUGAUUUCCCUACCCAACCAUGCAAGACGGGCAUCAUGACUGCAGUUCGCUUCCCCACCUGCUGGGACGGAGUCAACCUUGAUUCCCCAGAUCAUAUGGCACACAUGAGUUACCCCGAGUUCGGCUCCUUUGAAUCUGGCGGUCCCUGUCCCGCUAGUCAUCCCGUACGCAUGGGUCAGCUCUUCUACGAAGUCAUCUGGGACACAAGCAAGUUUAACAACAAGGCUGAUUGGCCUGAGGAUGGUAGUCAACCAUUCGUCUGGAGUUUCGGCGAUGGAACGGGUUACGCGAACCACGGCGAUUACCUGUUCGGCUGGCAAGGCGACGCGCUCCAACGUGCUCUUGACUCGCCUUGCUAUCAGAACUGUCCUACGCUUAAGACGCAGAAUGCUGCUGCGAUGAACAAGUGCACGGUUCCGCGUGUCGUGAAAGAAGAGAUUGAUGCUUGGGUUAAUGAACUACCCGGUGGCCACCAGGCGCAAUAUGUCAAGAAGCGGUGGGCUGAGUAA